AUCCCGCCGGAAGUGUGCCUGAUUCCUGCCUAUCCGGGGCAGUUGGUGCCUGGGCGGGCCGCGAACGGGCCAACCGCCGAUCUCUUGCCCGGCAGGACAUGGAGCCAGAUCGGCUGCCAGUCUGGCAGGAGUCUGCAACGGGUAAUACUAAUGAUGAUCUUCAUGUGCUGCAUUCUGAAUAAUCAUAUUCUGAAUAAUAGUAUCAUUAUACGCAAUCAUCUACUACGAGGUAGGGGUAGGAGCUCUAGCACGCAAACAGCUGCUCCUGGCGACCGCUCGAGAAUCGUGCUGGCAAGGACCCGACUGCAGGCUGGCUGCGACCGCCGUCGAAGCCACAAGCUUGGCCUCAUUUCCGCUCCAGCCCGCCGGUGGCAUUGUGGCGCGGCAUGGCGCGGCAUGGCUUGCCCCUGCGUGCCAGCCACUCCCCUCCGCCGUCCAGCCGGAGCCUGCUUAGCUCGCCCUGCGCCCCUGGGUGGCCCGCCUAAUCUCACCGCGGAAUGCCCGGCGGUUCCACGGGCCCGGAACAAUCGCCAUUUAAAGUAG